AUGGCCGGGGCGGAGAGCCGCCGUCACCCCGCGCCGGGUGAAGAUGUCAAACCAUUUACUCCUGGGAAAGCCAAGGAAAUUGUGAUGUCUCUACAGCAACCUGCAGUCUUCUGUAACAUGGUUGGUGACUGGCCAGCCCUGUGCUGGAAUGCAAAAUACCUUUCUGCGGUGUUGGAUGGGAAGACAAUCCAGUUUAGGCUAGGUCUGAAGACAGUGGAUUUAGUUCCCCAGUUUGAAACCAGAUGUAGCUAUGUGAAGGCUACACUUGAAGAGUUUUUGGCUUGGAGUUGUGGGCAGCCUUCUUGUCUCUCUGGACCAUUCAGUUGUUACGAGUACUCCAAAUAUUGGGCUUAUGCUGACUACAAAUACAUUGCCAGGAUAUUUGAAGACAAGCCAGAAGUUUUCCAGGAUAUAAGGUGGUCUGACUUUGGUUUUCCUGGAAGAAGUGGAAAAGAGAGCACGCUGUGGAUUGGUUCUGAAGGAGCAAACACCCCCUGCCAUUUGGACUCCUACGGCUGCAACUUAGUAUUGCAAGUACAAGGAAGGAAGAGAUGGCACCUCUUCCCACCUGGUGACACCAGUUUCCUUUAUCCCACCAGGAUCCCUUAUGAGGAAUCCAGCAUAUUCAGCAAAGUCAAUGUUGCCAACCCUGAUCUGAAACGCUUUCCUGAGUUCAAGAACACAACAGCCCAUGUGGUUACACUCAGUCCAGGACAGGUCCUGCUUGUUCCAAGGCACUGGUGGCACUAUGUGGAAUCUAUUGACCCCAUCACUGUCAGCAUAAACUCUUGGAUUGAACUGGAUGCAGAUCAUGAGGCCCGCGUAGAAGAAGCAAUAACUCGAAUGCUGGUAUGUGCCAUAAAAUCAGCAGAAAAUCCCAGUGAUGGCGAUCUCUGGCUAAAUCCCACAGAGGUUGAGGCAACGUCCCAUGAAAUCAAUCUUCAGUACCUGAAUAAAGCAGUGUCUGCAUAUUUCAAGUGUCAAAAGGCAAGUGUGUCAGAGCAGGCAUGUCCCUGCAGCACUGGUGCAGAGCAAAGUACAAGCACCUUGUGCAAGAGGAAGAAAAGGGAAGUUGGCUGUGAACCAGGGGGCUGCAGACUACUAACCCAUGAAUUUGGCUUUUCAACAUUUAAAGCAGAAAAGUUGCAGAAAAUACCUUUUGGGCCUCAUCUUAUUCAAGUUUUACCACAGUCUCAAGAAACAAGCUCAGUGGGUGCGGUUGCAGUUGGAAGUGACGGUAGAGAUCUUCUCCAUAAAAAUGAAGGAGGACAUUUUGGAAAAUUACACAGCACCAGGAAGCAAUUGGUAAUGAGUAAUGACUGUGAAACGCCUGCACAUCAAAUGGAUUCAGACAGCAGUCCAAAUGCCUCACAAACAGCCCUUUCUACCAAUGAUUUGCUAGACUGUUUGGUUAAUCCGCAUGUCAUCAGUUUAGUGGCUCAGCUGCUGUUGGAGAGAACAAGAGUUUAGUGCCGAAGUGCUUUAUCAUUUCUGAAAUAAAGAAAUCA